AUGAGACCGACGCAAGCUCUGAACGGCGGCGGUGCCCCCAAUUGGAAGGUUGGCCACUGGCUGGGUGAUUGGGGUUCUUUUGGUGGCUCCAAGCAAAAGGGCAUCAUCCACUACGGCCUUUCUGCCAACAGACAGAACCCCACUGCUGGCAUGGUCCACGACGCUUUCUUCAACACGUUCCGUCGUACCAAGGGCCAGAUCUUCUACUGGCUCCCUCCUCUGGUUGCUGGAUACUACUUGAUGCAGUGGGCUACUGAGCGAAACCACUACCUCCAGUCCAAGGCCGGCCGUGCCGAGUUUGGUGACGAGGCCGAGUAA